UUUUUUAUAAUGGCUUAUUCAACUGAUAAAGGAAGUAAUUUUAAAUUAAAAUUUGCAUUUUCGUCUGGUGAUUCAAAAUUUAAUGAAUCAUUCAUAAAACAUAAUAAAACCAGAAUUUCAGUAAGCAACAAAAUUUCUAAUAAAGGAGAUACUGUUUCUGAAAACAAUUCAGAAUUAGAUUUGGAUUUAGCUGAAGUUGAAUCUGCGUACGAGGAUUCUUGUUAUUCCGAGCACUGUGAUGAAGAAUCAGUGCAGUCUGAUGAUAGCCAAAGUUCUUUUUCUAAAGAAACUCCAUCUACAAAGCUAACGACAUCUAAAACUCACAUCCUGGAAAAACCUCAAAAAUUAACUGACAAGUUCCCAUCUACAUCAAAAUUAUCCGAUGAUGAAUUGACAGUUUUAGAUAAUAAAAUAAAAUGCCUAAAUUUUCAUGAAACGCCUUCAAGAAAUGUUAAAGCUUCUUCUUCAAGAAAAAAUAUGAGUUUUACAAAUGACGAAGUUAUGAAAAUUGAACGUGACAAUGAAAUUUUGUUAAAAAAAAUCAUUACUCAACAUAAAGCACCAAAAACUAACAUUCAGCAGAUCAAACCAAGAGUAAGUAGUUCUGCAAUCAACAGGAGGAGAUUACAAAAAAAGAUUGAAGAAGAAAAUAUGGUGCUUCUAAAAAGACUGCAAAGAGCUAAAUCUUGUGUUCUUAAUUCAAGUAGAAUAUCUGGAUACAGAACCACUCAAAUGUGACAAUCUUACACAAAUUAUACUAUAUUUUCAUAUGUAAUAAAUGUAAUUUUCUUAAAAACUUCAA